CUCAGUUGUCCAUAGACAGCUGAGGAGGGAGGGUGUCGUCGCCUCCCCGUGCGGAUCUUUUUUUUUUUCUCACCUUGCGGUCUUCGAAGAUCGUAAAUGUCGAAACUCGCGCGUUUUUAAACUGUUUGCGUGAGAUUAAAGUGACAAUAUAAACGGUGUCAACGUUCAUUUUAGUAGGCGUGGUUAAUAGGGUAAUUAAUACCCCAGAACGAAGAACUUGUAAACAAAAACACAUUAGAGAAGGCUUAAAAAAGCUCGGACUCUGCAUAACGUUCACCAUACAUCAAAACAAUAACAACAACAAAAUUCUUGAUACUGAAGCCCGAAGAAGCAAAAUAAACCCCAUCUGAACAACCAACAAGUCAAGCGGUCACUGGCAGACACACCGAGAAAGAAGGACACACCAUCCCUUCGCUGGCUCUGACCUCGAGAUUAAGAAGCAAUGAAGAUGCUGUGGAUACUCGUUUUCACACUUUUUGCUGUGCCAAGCAUGGGGGAAGUUUUUACCUCCAUGACAGACAUGAGUCGGCUUCUCGUUACGGAAGGGGAGAUGAUACGAGCAGUUGAAAAUUACAUAGUGGCACAGGAAGAAAAACUCAUGAAGUUGAAAAGAGAUGUCGUAGAGAUGGAGCGAAUCCAUGAUGAAGCAUCUCGUUCACCUGAAGCAUUUUUGGGAAACCCAAUUAAUGCAUACCUGUUGGUCAAGAGGCUGACUGUGGACUGGCUUGACCUUCAGAACAUUAUGACAGAUGAUAGUACUGGCCAAGCCAUGUUAAACAACUUAACUGGUAUGGCGUCAAUGCUUCGCUGGCCAGAUGAAGAGGAUCUCAGUGGGGCAGCAACAGCCCUUAUGCGUCUCCAAGAUACAUACAAGCUGGACACAUCACAGAUUGCAAGUGGUAACAUUCUAGGGAAGAAAAGAGCAUACAGAGAACUCACAGCUGCCGACUGCUUUGAGCUUGGUCGUCAGAGUUACAAUGGGGGCGAUCAUUAUCAUACAGUGUUGUGGAUGAAUGAAGCUCUUGACAGACAAGAAAUGGAAGGCAACAAGACUGUUGAACGAGCAGACAUCCUGGAAUACUUAGCCUUUUCGACCUAUAUGCAGGGAAAUAUCCGUCAGGCUCUGAAACUCACAGAUGAACUGCUGGAGGAGCGUCCUAACCACCAGAGAGCUCAGGGAAAUAAAGUGUAUUAUGAGGAGGCUUUGCAGCAGCAGAAGACUCAGAAGAGGGGAGAAUUAGGAGAUUUUAUGGACGAGGAUGCUACUGCUGUUGAGAAGGAAUAUACUAUAUCAGAGAGUAUGGGUGAGGUAGAGAAAUGGCAGAUUGAACGUCAAGCCUAUGAGCGUCUGUGCCGUGGUGAAGGAAAGUUGUCACCGGAAAUGUUGCUCAAACUCCAUUGUUUCUACAAGACUGGACCUUCUGCUUAUCUGCGUUUAAGUCCUGUGAAAACUGAGAUUGCACAUAUCCAUCCAACAAUUUACAUUUUCCAUGAUAUCCUUGCUGAUUCAGAGAUAUCAGUUAUCAAAGAGUUGGCUACACCAAAGUUCAAGCGUGCUACUGUUCAGAACUACAAGACGGGAGAGCUGGAGACUGCUUCUUACAGAAUCAGUAAAUCGUCAUGGCUCAAAGCAGAAGAUUCUAAGACUGUUGAGAAAGUGAAUCAAAGGAUUGAAGUUAUUACAGGUCUGAAUAUGCAGACAGCUGAAGAAUUACAAGUGGCAAAUUAUGGGAUUGGAGGCCAUUACGAACCACACUUUGAUUAUGCACGGCGAGAAGAGAAAGAUGCCUUUAAAUCUUUAGGCACUGGUAACAGAAUUGCAACUUUCCUGUUUUAUGACUGCAAAUGUGAUAACAAGAAAACCCUGCUCUCAGGCCUCUUUCAGAAAAUCUAUAUUAACAAUACUUUUUUUAACAUUACAGAAGCAAUGAAGAUGCUGUGGAUACUCGUUUUCACACUUUUUGCUGUGCCAAGCAUGGGGGAAGUUUUUACCUCCAUGACAGACAUGAGUCGGCUUCUCGUUACGGAAGGGGAGAUGAUACGAGCAGUUGAAAAUUACAUAGUGGCACAGGAAGAAAAACUCAUGAAGUUGAAAAGAGAUGUCGUAGAGAUGGAGCGAAUCCAUGAUGAAGCAUCUCGUUCACCUGAAGCAUUUUUGGGAAACCCAAUUAAUGCAUACCUGUUGGUCAAGAGGCUGACUGUGGACUGGCUUGACCUUCAGAACAUUAUGACAGAUGAUAGUACUGGCCAAGCCAUGUUAAACAACUUAACUCUGGCGUCAAUGCUUCGCUGGCCAGACGAAGAGGAUCUCAGUGGGGCAGCAACAGCCCUUAUGCGUCUCCAAGAUACAUACAAGUUGGACACAUCACAGAUUGCAAGUGGUAACAUUCUAGGGAAGAAACGAGCAUACAGAGAACUCACAGCUGCCGACUGCUUUGAGCUUGGUCGUCAGAGUUACAGGGGCGAUCAUUAUCAUACAGUGUUGUGGAUGAAUGAAGCUCUUGACAGACAAGAAAUGGAAGGCAACAAGACUGUUGAACGAGCAGACAUCCUGGAAUACUUAGCCUUUUCGACCUAUAUGCAGGGAAAUAUCCGUCAGGCUCUGAAACUCACAGAUGAACUGCUGGAGGAGCGUCCUAACCACCAGAGAGCUCAGGGAAAUAAAGUGUAUUAUGAGGAGGCUUUGCAGCAGCAGAAGACUCAGAAGAGGGGAGAAUUAGGAGAUUUUAUGGACGAGGAUGCUACUGCUGUUGAGAAGGAAUAUACUAUAUCAGAGAGUAUGGGUGAGGUAGAGAAAUGGCAGAUUGAACGUCAAGCCUAUGAGCGUCUGUGCCGUGGUGAAGGAAAGUUGUCACCGGAAAUGUUGCUCAAACUCCAUUGUUUCUACAAGACUGGACCUUCUGCUUAUCUGCGUUUAAGUCCUGUGAAAACUGAGAUUGCACAUAUCCAUCCAACAAUUUACAUUUUCCAUGAUAUCCUUGCUGAUUCAGAGAUAUCAGAUAUCAAAGAGUUGGCUACACCAAAGUUCAAGCGUGCUACUGUUCAGAACUACAAGACGGGAGAGUUGGAGACUGCUUCUUACAGAAUCAGUAAAUCGUCAUGGCUCAAAGCAGAAGAUUCUAAGACUGUUGAGAAAGUGAAUCAAAGGAUUGAAGUUAUUACAGGUCUGAAUAUGCAGACAGCUGAAGAAUUACAAGUGGCAAAUUAUGGGAUUGGAGGCCAUUACGAACCACACUUUGAUUAUGCACGGCGAGAAGAGAAAGAUGCCUUUAAAUCUUUAGGCACUGGUAACAGAAUUGCAACUUUCCUGUUUUAUAUGUCUGAUGUUGAUGCUGGGGGCGCUACUGUUUUCCCACAACUGGAGUUAUCGCUCUGGCCCAAGAAGGGCACGGCAGCCUUCUGGCACAACCUGCAUCCUAGUGGCGAAGGUGACACCCUUACAAGACAUGCUGCUUGCCCUGUAUUAGUUGGUACCAAGUGGGUGUCGAAUAAAUGGAUUCAUGAACGCGGCCAGGAAUUCAGGAGACCCUGUGAAUUAGACCCUAGGGCAUUAUAAUUCUUAAAUCUGUAACAUCUGUCCCCUUUUUCUGUUCAGUGUGUGCAUGUCUUGUCAGUAUGUUUACAUGAAGAAAGUUUUAUAUUAUCUAUAUUAUUUAGUUGUUGUUUUUCAUCCCAUGGACUAUAAGGCAUUCAAAUUACAGUCUGUUUUGUAAAUGCAGAGUUCCUCUAGAUGAUCUGUGGCUAGUUAUUGAGAAAUCUAAUUGCAACCUGUGAUUUAAGUUUAGGUUGAGACAAGGAAGAAGAGCACAUUAGUAUUACAAAGUUAUGUUCCAUUAUAAAAGUUUACAUAGUCCAGUUAAAAGAGGUUGUAAAUAUGUAGUCACAUUUUAAAGUAUAAAAACUUUUUUAAGCUUUAUGUGAUUAUAUUUGUGCAAAUUAUGCAUUCUACACUCCUGUAAUGAAAGUGACUUAAGUAAGAUAAGAAAGCCAAGGCAUUAAUAUAUAAUAGAAGACUUUAUUGCUUUAGUGUGUACAUAAACACUGUAAGUAGAUAGGAUUGUCAGGGAUGUUCAGAAAACGUGGCAUCUUUUUAAAAGUAGGUGGCUUGAGAAUAUUAAGGGUCCUGACAUAUUACGAUUGUAAAUGUCUAUUGUGUCUGCUGACCUGUCAGUCAGAAGUUCCCUACGUAAACAAAAUGCCAUAUUUUAAUACAUCAUAUAAAAACUGAGGUAAGACUUGAAUCUUGCUUUGACAACAAUAGUAUGUGUGUGUGUACACCAAGUUUAUAGGACUGUUUACAUGUUAAUGAAGUAUGAAUAUUAUUGUUUUAUUUGAUAGUCAUACAAAUGCUCAGAGUACAUCUAGAUUAGGAAAGUUGAGUGAGUAGCUGCAUAGAACUGUGUCAUAAAUGUAUCUUAAUUUAUCCUUUUGACCAUCAUUAGUAUAUACUAAAGUAAGUGCAUCGCAGAACCUAAAUGAUUCGGAUUUGACAUUUUGAUCUCAUAUUUAAUUAGAAUUACAGAAGUAUGUCUUCAAAAUUUUCAUACCUUUAGUAUCCGAACCUUUGUGCAAGUUAUAAUAUUGAUUAGAAUUAUGUUCUGUAUAAGGAACAACCAACUUUUUUUUUUUUUUUUUUUUUUUUGUUUUUAUCUAUUCAUUAUGUCCAUGGAUGAUGUGAUGUGCUCUCAUAGCAGUAUAUUUGUUAUACUGAUACAUGCACAAAUUUCAAACUCUUCUGCUCAUCUUAUAAACAAGUUUUCUUAUUAAGCACUGGUGUCCUGUACAGGUUGUAUAAUUGUUUUUAUAUUCAGUUGUAUAAUUGUUUUUAUAUUCAGAAGUUAUUUGGAAAUGCAAAUUGUUUAGGCAAACAAAAAAUAUUUUCCAGAAUAUGUUCUUAUAUUCCUAUGCCAGUUGUAAAAAAAAAAAAUGCCUUGUUGGAACUGGUAUUCCAAAGAAUUUGAUUUUAAUUAUAUAUGUAACUUAUAAAUGGUAACUUUACCAUUUUUAUGAAUUGUUUGGACCUAGGCAUUUGGGCACUGCAAAAGUAAGAUUACUGAGGUGCCAUAUGACCCAAUAUAUUUUUUUUAUAUGAAUGUUUGUUUUGGAAGUGUUCAAUGUAAUAAAUGAAGGCUUUUA